AAGCCCAUGUGAGCGCGCCGCGAGAACGCGCGGAUCUAUAGUGCAGUGCAGUGUAUAUUUUUUUUGUGAUAAAGGGCCCCAUGAAGCGGCUGUCAUGCGCAUAGCGGCACUGAUUGCACUUGUGCAGCUGUCGCUCGCUACAGCUUCAGAUGGCGAAACCCUCACUGCUGCCGAGCUGAACUACCAGCUCUCUGGCAACGUCCUCUCCCCCUUCUACGAGUCCUCAGAAGAAACGGGGGUCAACUUUAUACGCGGCUCGCGAGCUGCUGACUCGCCACAGGCACCUGAUAUAGAUGUACAAUGUUCGAGCGAUUUCAUAGAUGUUACUGUGGAAUUCGCCGAUGUAUAUGAUGGAAUCAUUUAUAGUAAAGGAUUCUUGAAUGAUCCUAAAUGCAAAUACGUGUCGCUGGGCGGCAGCCAGUCUCGCUACUCGUUCCGAGUUCCGCUGAAAGGCUGCGGCUCCCGUCCGCUAUGCAAUGCGUGCGGCACCAUCGACAACGUACUCGUCUUCCAAGCUGAUGACUUCGUGCAGGGCCCGCUUGACUUCGCCAGAAAGGUGUCAUGCGCCCGCACAUCAUACGAGCUGUCCACCGGGCAGCGCCAGGAGUCACAUACGCUCAAACUAAAGCCUUUUAUGGUUGAUAUGUUAGAUGUAGUCGCCGUAGAAGGACCAGCAGGUGGUGUUGAGUGCUGGAUGGAUAUACAGAAGGGUAUCUUCCCCAAUACGACCCCGCUAAAAGACUCCAUUAAGAUCGGCGAAUACCUGACCAUCCUAGUGUACCUGAAAGAUGUGAGGAACCAAUUCAACCUAAAGAUCCACGACUGCUGGGCUUAUGAUAGUGAGGAGUACGACAGCCCGAAGACCAACAAGAUACAGCUUACGGACAAGGAAGGAUGUCCCAAGAAGAGGAAGCUUAUAGAUUUGUGGCAAAAGAGCACAAACACUGGCAAGAGCGGCGCCACCCUCAUCGCCUACAGUAAAGUGAGCGCCUUCCGCUUCCCUGAGACCGACCAAGUCUAUCUCACUUGCAAUGUCGAGCUCUGCACGAGCAACUGCGAUGGUGACUGCAAGUCAAUUACAACUGAAAUAACAACAGGCCCACCUCAGAUCAAAUGUUACCCUGGAUCCACAGAUCCCAGGUGUCCAAAAGCCAUACCACCCGCACCUAACUGCUACCCUGGAAGCACAGAUCCCAGAUGCCCUCAAAUACAGACAACAGCCCCACCAACUUAUGUACCAACAACCGGACGACCAGAGUGUUACCCAGGUUCAACUGAUCCAAGGUGUCCAAGACCUACUACACCAUCUGCCCCUAACUGCUACCCAGGAUCUACUGACCCUAGGUGUCCAAGACCUACAACACCUUCACAGCCAAAUUGUUUCCCUGGCAGCAAUGACCCUAGAUGUCCUAGACCAACAACGCCAGCACCACUUAAUUGCUUCCCUGGUUCUAAUGAUGCCAGAUGCCCUAAAUCAAACACCACACCGGCGCAACCCAACUGUUACCCGGGAACUCAAGAUCCUCGAUGUCCUGAAGCUCCAAAAUGUUACCCGGGUAGUACCAACCAAGCAUGCCCACGAACUACACAGCAACCUAACUGCUAUCCAGGCAGUACUGACCCUAGGUGCCCUAGGCCGACUACACCUGAGCCUAAGCCUGCCUGUUACCCUGGCUCGCCAGACCCUAACUGUCCUCAACCGCCUCGUCCUUCAACAUUGUCACCCCCGACAUAUUUGCCACCGUCAACAACUGGACAACCUAAAUGUUAUCCUGGCAGUACCGAUCCACGCUGCCCAAGACCAACAUCUCCAGCCCCACCAAAUUGUUUCCCUGGAAGCACAGAUCCUCGAUGCCCUAAACCUACCACUCAGGCACCUCCGAACUGUUUCCCUGGCAGCACGGAUCCUCGUUGCCCAAGGCCUACUACCCCAGCGCCUACAACCACUGCUCGCCCCAUUUGCUAUCCUGGAUCUCCAGAUCCUCGUUGCCCAAGGCCAACAACUCCAGCCCCCACCACACCAAAAAAACCUCUAUGCUAUCCCGGAUCCUCUGACCCUAACUGCCCUCAGCAACCAAGACCAACUACUUCGUCACCACCAACUUACCUACCUCCCUCAACGACUGGACAACCCAAAUGUUACCCUGGAAGUAACGAUCCACGAUGCCCAAGACCAACUACACCAGCCCCUCCUAAUUGCUACCCAGGAUCUACGGAUCCUCGUUGCCCAAGACCAACCACGCCUGCACCUACAACCACUGCUCGUCCUAAUUGCUACCCUGGAUCCACAGAUCCACGUUGCCCAAGACCGACAACUCCUGCCCCACCAAACUGCUAUCCUGGAAACACGGAUCCACGCUGCCCAAGGCCUACUACCCCAGCGCCCUCAACCACUGCCCAGCCUACUUGCUACCCUGGAAGCACAGAUCCUCGAUGCCCAAGACCAUCUUCACCCGCCCCCACUACACCAAGAAAACCUGUAUGCUACCCCGGAUCUUCUGACCCUAACUGCCCUCAACCAACUCGUCCUUCUACGUUAUCGCCACCCACAUAUUUACCGCCAUCAUCUACUGGACAGCCCAAAUGCUACCCUGGCAGUAACGACCCACGAUGCCCAAGACCAACUACGCCUGCGCCCCCUAAUUGCUACCCUGGAUCCACGGAUCCACGUUGCCCAAGACCAACAACGCCUGCCCCACCAAACUGUUACCCUGGAUCUACAGAUGCUCGUUGCCCACGACCCACUACCCCCGAACCAACAACCACUGCUCGUCCUAAUUGCUACCCCGGAUCCACAGAUCCACGUUGCCCAAGACCAACAACGCCUGCCCCACCAAACUGUUACCCUGGAUCUACAGAUCCUCGUUGCCCACGACCCACUACCCCUGAACCAACAACCACUGCUCGUCCUAAUUGCUACCCUGGAUCCACAAAUCCACGUUGCCCAAGACCAACAACUCCUGCCCCACCGAACUGCUAUCCUGGUAACACGGAUCCGCGCUGCCCACGGCCUACUACUCCAAGGCCCACUACACCAGCGCCCCCUAAUUGCUACCCUGGAAGCACAGAUCCUCGAUGCCCAAGACCAUCUUCACCCGCCCCCACUACACCAAGAAGACCUGUAUGCUACCCCGGAUCUUCUGACCCUAACUGCCCUCAACCAACUCGUCCUUCUACGUUAUCGCCGCCGACAUAUCUACCGCCAUCAACUACUGGACAGACCAAAUGCUACCCUGGAAGUAACGACCCACGAUGCCCAAGACCAACUACACCUGUACCCCCUAAUUGUUACCCUGGAUCCACGGAUCCUCGUUGUCCUAGACCAACAACGCCAGCGCCACCAAACUGUUAUCCCGGAAACACGGAUCCUCGUUGUCCAAGGCCAACUACUCCGGCGCCUACCACCACUGCCCGUCCUAAUUGCUACCCUGGAUCUACAGAUCCACGCUGCCCAAGACCAACAACUCCUGCCCCUCCCAACUGUUUCCCUGGCAGCACUGAUCCUAGAUGUCCAAAACCUACGACACAAAAAGCAGUCUGUUACCCUGGAUCCCCUGAUCCCAGCUGCCCUCAACCACCAAGACCAACUACUUUGUCACCAGCAACAUACUUACCCCCAUCGACUACUGAACAGCCCAAAUGCUACCCUGGAAGUAAUGAUCCACGAUGCCCUAGACCUACUACCCCGGCUCCGCCAAACUGCUACCCUGGAUCCACGGAUCCUCGUUGCCCAAGACCCACUACCCCUGCACCGACAACCACUGCUCGUCCCAAUUGCUACCCCGGAUCCACGGAUCCACGAUGCCCAAGGCCUACUUCUCCAGCCCAACCAAACUGUUACCCUGGAAACACGGACCCUCGCUGUCCAAGGCCUACAACCCCUACACCUAAAACUACUGCUCGGCCUAAUUGCUACCCCGGAUCUACAGAUCCACGUUGCCCACAAUCAACUACACCAGCGCCCCCUAAUUGCUACGCUGGAAGCACCGACCCUCGAUGCCCUAAACCUACCACACAAAAACCAGUGUGCUAUCCUGGAUCCCCUGAUCCCAACUGCCCGCAACCCCCAAGACCAACUACUUCGUCACCACCAACUUACUUGCCUCCAUCAACUACAGCACAGCCUAAAUGCUAUCCUGGAAGUAAUGAUCCUAGAUGCCCAAGGCCCACUACACCAGCGCCCCCUAAUUGCUACCCUGGAUCCACGGAUCCACGUUGUCCAAAACCUACUCCCACUGCGCCUACAACCACUGCUCGUCCCAAUUGCUACCCCGGAUCCACUGAUCCAAGAUGCCCAAAGCCUACUUCUCCAGCCCAACCAAACUGUUACCCUGGAAACAAGGACCCUCGCUGUCCAAGGCCUACAACCCCUACACCUAAAACUACUGCUCGGCCUAAUGCUACCCCGGAUCUACAGAUCCAGAUUGCCCAAAACCCACUACACCAGCGCCCCCUAAUUGCUACCCUGGAAGCAUCGACCCUCGAUGCCCUAAAGCUACCACACAAAAACCCAGUGUGCUACCCUGGAUCCCCUGAUCCCAAUUGCCCAAAACCCCCAAGACCAACUACUUCGUCACCACCAACUUACUUGCCUCCAUCAACUACUGCAGAGCCUAAAUGCUAUCCUGGAAGUAAUGAUCCUAGAUGCCCAAGGCCUACUACACCAGCGCCCCCUAAUUGCUACUCUGGAUCCACAGAUCCACGUUGCCCAAGACCUACAACUCCUUCUACACCAAAUUGCUUCCCAGGAUCAACUGAUCCUCGUUGCCCCAAACCUACUACUCCUGCCCCACCAAAUUGUUACCCUGGAUCUACAGAUCCUCGUUGCCCAAGACCCACUACCCCUACAGCUACAACAACCUCUCGUCCUAAUUGCUACCCGGGAUCCACAGAUCCACGCUGCUCAAGACCUUCUACACCUGCCCCACCAAAUUGUUACCCUGGAAACACGGAUCCACGUUGUCCAAGUACUACUCCUGUGCCUACAACUACUGCCCGUCCUAAUUGCUACCCUGGAUCCACAGAUCCACGUUGCCCAAGACCCACUACUCCAGCCCCACCAAACUGUUACCCCGGAUCAACAGAUCCUCGUUGUCCAAAACCGACUUCUCCUAAACCUGUUUGUUAUCCUGGUUCUCCCGAUCCUAACUGUCCCCAGCCAUCAAGACCCACAACCCUAACUCCUCCAACAUACUUACCCCCUGAACCAGAGAAACCUAGGUGUUUCCCUGGCUCCACUAAUGCAAGAUGCCCUAGGCCGUCAACUCCGGCACCACCUAAUUGCUUCCCUGGAUCAACUGACCCUCGAUGCCCGAGGCCAACCACCCCUGCUCCACUAAACUGUUACCCUGGAAGCACAGAUCCAAGGUGUCCUAAACCUACUACACCUGCAAAACUUAAUUGUUUCCCUGGUUCACCUGAUCCUCGUUGUCCCAAGCCUAAUACUCCAGCACAACCUAGGUGUUAUCCUGGAAGCACAGACCCUAGAUGCCCUAAGCCAACCACCCAAGCUCCUCCAAAUUGCUUCCCUGGAAGCACCGAUCCUCGUUGCCCGAAACCUACUACACAAAAACCAGUAUGUUAUCCUGGUUCCCCUGACCCUAACUGCCCUCAACCUCCAAGGCCCACUACAUCAUCACCCCCCACUUAUUUACCCCCAUCAACUACUGCACAGCCUAAAUGCUAUCCUGGAAGUAAUGAUCCACGAUGCCCAAGACCAACAACCCCGGCACCACCUAACUGUUACCCUGGAUCCACAGAUCCACGAUGUCCAAGACCUACAACUACUGCUCGUCCCAAUUGUUAUCCAGGAAACAAUGAUCCUAGGUGUCCUAAACCUACUACCCAAGCUCUACCAAAUUGCUACCCAGGAAAUAAUGACCCUAGGUGUCCAAGGCCAACCACGCCUGCACCAGCAAAUUGUUAUCCUGGGUCCACUGAUCCAAGAUGCCCUAAGUCUACUACUCAGGCCCCGCCUAAAUGUUACCCGGGGAAUAAUGACCCUAGGUGUCCAAGACCAACUACCCCUGCUCCUCCUAGAUGCUUCCCUGGUAGCACCGAUCCACGUUGUCCAAAACCUACCAACACAGCUCCUCCUAAUUGCUACCCGGGAAAUAGGGACCCUCGCUGCCCCCAAACGACUCCUAGACCAGCUUGCUACCCUGGCUCCCCUGACCCUAACUGCCCUCAACCAUCGAGGCCUACCACUUUGACCCCGCCAACAUACCUUCCACCUUCAACUGCGGGACCAAAGUGCUACCCAGGGUCAAAUGAUCCUCGCUGCCCGAAGCCAACCACACCAGCAGCGCCAAACUGUUACCCUGGAAGCACAGAUCCAAGAUGCCCCAAACCAACUACGCCACCUACCCCCAAAUGCUUCCCUGGAUCAACCGAUCCCCGUUGCCCAAAACCAAGUACCCCAGCCCCUCCGAACUGUUACCCAGGCAGCACAGAUCCUAGAUGCCCAAAACCCACUACUCCAGCUCCUCCCAAGUGUUUCCCCGGAUCAACAGAUCCUCGUUGCCCAAAACCAACCACUCCAGCUGAACCAAAUUGUUAUCCUGGAAACACGGAUCCCAGAUGCCCAAGACCUACAGCACCUCCACAAAUCAAAUGUUAUCCAGGAUCAACCGACCCUAGAUGUCCAAAACCAACAACUCCCAAGCCUGUUUGCUACCCCGGUUCCCCUGACCCUAACUGCCCUCAACCCUCAAAACCUACUACUUUAACACCACCUACUUACCUGCCACCUUCCACUCAAGCACCAAGGUGUUACCCAGGCUCCUAUGACCCUAGGUGCCCUAGACCAACUACCCAGGCACCCCCGAACUGCUAUCCAGGGAAUAAUGACCCUAGAUGUCCUAGAACUACUCCACCACCAACCACUCAAGCUCCGAGAUGUUACCCAGGCAGCCAAGACCCUCAGUGUCCUAAACCAACCACCCCUGCCCCUCCUAAUUGUUCACCUGGAUCCACUGAUCCUAGGUGUCCUAAACCGACAACACCUGCUCCUCCGAACUGCUAUCCAGGAAGCACAGACCCUAGGUGUCCUAUACCUACUACACAAGCACCUCCUAAUUGCUACCCAGGAUCCAUUGAUCCUAGGUGCCCUAAACCAACUACUCAAGCUCCGCCUAAUUGCUAUCCUGGAAGCACUGACCCUAGGUGUCCUAGACCUACUACACCCGCUCCUCCUAACUGUUAUCCUGGAUCCAUUGAUCCUAGAUGCCCUAAGCCUACAACUCCAACACCACCAAGGUGUUAUCCGGGCAGCCAAGACUCUAGAUGUCCUAAGCCCACAACACCUAAACCUGUUUGCUAUCCAGGAUCUCCCGACCCGAACUGCCCACAACCACCAAGAACAACGACAGUUGGACCCACAUACUUGCCACCUUCAACUCAAGGACCUAGAUGUUAUCCUGGUUCGAAUGACCCUAAGUGCCCUAAACCAACUACACAGGCACCUCCUAACUGCUACCCAGGAAAUAAUGAUCCUAGGUGUCCUAGACCAACUACCCAGAUUCCACCAAAUUGCUAUCCAGGAAGUACAGACCCAAGGUGCCCUAAGCCAACAACUUUAGCACCAACGACUCAAGCUCCUAGAUGUUACCCAGGCUCAAAUGACCCACGAUGCCCGAAACCUACUACCGAGGCUCCUCCCAACUGUUAUCCAGGCAGCAGUGAUCCUAGGUGUCCAAGACCUACUACCCAGGCACCACCAAAUUGCUAUCCUGGAAGCACAGACCCAAGAUGCCCUAAGCCAACUACUUUAGCACCAACGACUCAAGCUCCUAGAUGUUACCCAGGCUCAAAUGACCCACGAUGCCCGAAACCCACUACCCAGGCCCCUCCUAACUGUUAUCCAGGAAACAAUGACCCUAGGUGCCCUCGUCCCACGCCGCCAACCACAAGAAAACCCGCGUGCUAUCCUGGUUCCCCCGACCCUAACUGCUCUCAACCAUCAAGACCUACAACAUUGACUCCUCCUACUUAUCUGCCUCCUUCUACCCAAAGCCCAAGAUGUUACUCAGGUUCUAAUGACCCUAGGUGCCCUAGACCAACUACCCAGGCUCCGCCAAAUUGCUAUCCUGGAAGUACAGACCCUAGAUGUCCGAGGCCUACCACUCAAGCACCGCCUAAUUGCUACCCUGGAAGCACAGAUCCUAGAUGCCCUAAGCCUACCACUUUAGCACCAACGACCCAACCUCCACCCAGAUGCUACCCAGGCAGCCAAGACCCUAGGUGCCCUAGACCAACUACCCAGGCUACGCCAAAUUGCUACCCUGAAAGCACAGAUCCUAGAUGUCCUAAGCCUACCACUUUAGCACCAACUACCCAACCUGCACCCAGAUGCUACCCAGGCAGCCAAGAUCCUAGAUGCCCUAAACCUACGACACAAAAACCCGUAUGCUACCCUGGAUCUCCCGAUCCUAGCUGCCCACAACCUCCAAGACCUACGACUUUAACGCCACCUACUUACCUGCCACCUUCCACUCAAGGGCCUAGGUGUUACCCUGGCUCAACCGACUCUAGGUGCCCUAGACCAUCAACCCAAGCUCCGCCAAAUUGCUACCCUGGAAGCACAGACCCUAGAUGUCCGAAGCCUACCACUCAAGCACCGCCUAAUUGUUACCCUGGAAGCACAGAUCCUAGAUGCCCUAAGCCUACCACUUUAGCACCAACGACCCAACCUCCACCCAGAUGCUACCCAGGCAGCCAAGACCCUAGGUGCCCUAGACCAACUACCCAGGCUCCGCCAAAUUGCUACCCUGGAAGCACAGACCCUAGAUGUCCUAAGCCUACCACUUUAGCACCAACUACCCAACCUGCACCCAGAUGCUACCCAGGCAGCCAAGAUCCUAGAUGCCCUAAACCUACGACACAAAAACCCGUAUGCUACCCUGGAUCUCCUGAUCCUAACUGCCCACAACCUCCAAGACCUACGACUUUAACGCCACCUACUUACCUGCCACCUUCCACUCAAGGGCCUAGGUGUUACCCUGGCUCAACCGACUCUAGGUGCCCUAGACCAUCAACCCAAGCUCCGCCAAAUUGCUACCCUGGAAGCACAGACCCUAGAUGUCCGAAGCCUACCACUCAAGCACCGCCUAAUUGUUACCCUGGAAGCACAGAUCCUAGAUGCCCUAAGCCUACCACUUUAGCACCAACGACCCAACCUCCACCCAGAUGCUACCCAGGCAGCCAAGACCCUAGGUGCCCUAGACCAACUACCCAGGCUCCGCCAAAUUGCUACCCUGGAAGCACAGACCCUAGAUGUCCUAGGCCGACUACUUUAGCACCAACUACCCAACCUGCACCCAGAUGUUACCCAGGCAGUCAAGAUCCUAGAUGUCCUAAACCUACGACACAAAAAUCCAUAUGCUACCCUGGAUCUCCCGAUCCUAACUGCCCACAACCCCCAAGACCUACGACUUUAACGCCGCCUACUUACCUGCCACCUUCCACUCAAGGGCCUAGAUGUUACCCUGGCUCCAAUGACCCUAGAUGUCCUAAGCGUACUACCCAAGCUCCACCGAAUUGCUACCCAGGAAACACAGACCCACGAUGCCCAAGAACUACUACCCAGGCGCCUCCAAGGUGUUACCCUGGAAGCACAGAUCCUCGUUGCCCCAAACCAACUACCUCCACACCUACCACCCCAGCGCCGACCACCCCAGCACCACCCAGGUGUUACCCUGGCAGCCAAGACCCUAGGUGCCCUAAGCCAACCACACAAAAGCCACCUUGUUAUCCUGGAUCCCCUGACCCUAAUUGUCCCCAACCACCAAGACCUACCACAAGUCCUCCGACUUACUUACCGCCUUCCACUCAAGGGCCUAGAUGUUACCCUGGCUCCAAUGACCCUAGGUGCCCGCAGCCUACCACUCCUAGCUCUUGCUACCCAGGAUCGAAAGACCCUAAAUGCCCUCAACCCUUCAGGCCAAGCAGCACUAAUCCUCCAUCGACAUAUCUACCGCCUUUCCCCAGUGAAAAUGAAAUCAAGGGCGGAAGAACUGCUAAAAACGUAGACUACGAUGAUGAAGCCCAGGCUGCUAUAGAUAGCUUCCAGUUCACAAGGACGAAGCCUCGUUCCAGAAAAGCCCGUGAUGUUAGCCAUUUAGUCGAAACCAUUGCUCAGGCAACCAACAAUUCUGCUGUCAUCUACGUCACAGUUGGCUCUGCGCUGCUUAUGCUCUUAUCUGCCACCGUAGCUGUGUAUAUGUACAAACACACCAAGAAACCUAAUUCUCAGAGUACUUGUUAAAUAUCAGUGUAACUUAAAGAUUUUGGAAAUAGGAUAAGGUAGAAGUACUAGUGCUCGACGCUGCACGAGUCAUCGACAUGGGCACUUUAUUUCAUGGAAAUAUAGGUUAAAUUUGAACAACGAAAUUUUUCUGUAUUCGAACUUAAUCCUUGUCACUUUGACAUAAAGUGCCCAUGUCGAGUACUAGUGCAGCAUCGAGCACUAGUACUUCUACCUUACGCGAUUAAACAAAAAGUUGAUGGUGAUUUGUUUUGUCUCUGUCGCGUUUGGCGUUUGUCAUAUAGUUUGUCAUUUGUCAAUUCUGUCGGAAAUAUUAAGAGUAAUCAUGAUACAUUGUGAUACUAGUAAGUCUUUUAUAUCAUGUUUUUUUUGUGAUUUUCAAUGCAAAUGGCUGCUUUUGCAUUAUUAUUUGUAUUCUUAUCUAUCACUGCCGUAUAUUAAGCUAAAGUUAUAAUACUCGGAUGCCUAUUUUAUUUCUUAUAAAAUAGUGCCAUAAAACUCCGUUCUGACGCAUCCUCAGAAAAUAUGUACAUAACUUUUUUUUUGUAUUCUUUAUUUAUUUGCCCUAGUCAAAAUAUUUGUAUUUAUAUUCUGAAACCUUCUGAUUUCAAGCUUGAUUUUGUGAUAUUUACAUAUUUGUAAAUAAUAAAUAUACGCCAGUAUUUGCAUGUGGCCAUUCGAUGUAAAAAUAUGUAUUUUAGUUAUUUUGUAAUAUUAUGUCAAACAAUUGUCUUGCCCAGUUAUGUACAAAAACAGUUAUACAGUCGGUAACAAAUGUUGCUACUCGAACGAAGUGCUCAAAAAGAUCUACACAAGCUCUUAUACUCUUGAUGAUAGAGUCGUGUUGAGAUAAUUUUGAGCACUUAUGUUGCUGGCUGUACAAUGAGGUGUAAGAAAUGUAAAAAUUAGAAUGUGUUAUUUUUAAGAUAACCGCUUUUGUACAUUUCAGGUGUUUUUAAGAUUUGAUGUUUUGUAUCAAAUAAAACAUUCUAUGAAUGUAAAUUUAUACAAA